AUCCUCUCUGCUUCUGUUGUUGAAGAUCUCAAUAACUUACACCCACCUUCAGACUUCAACUCAACCAUUAACAACAACUGUCUCAACAACCCUUCUCUCAGGUACUGCAAUUCUUCCUCUCCUUUGGACCUCAUUGAGAUCUUCAAGUUCACCAUUGUUGCCAGCCACCUCUGCAACGAGUCCAGGAAUCCCAACUGCGUAGAAACCUUCCCUAAAAUAGACCUUCACAGCCGUCCAAAGAUCGCUCCGCUUUACUUAUCCUUCACCUUCUUCUGGAAGUACUGUCCUUUAACCAUUCUGUCCAUCAAUCUCUCCAACAAUUCCAUCAAGGGUGGUUUCCCAUCUGAUGUUCUCCAGUGUUCCCAAAUCCAAGCUCUUGAUUUGAGCCACAAUGCCCUCUCCGGGGAUGUCCCCAUACAAGGCUUCUCUCCCCUUACCAACCUCACUCUUCUUAAUUUAUCAUACAAUCACUUUUCAGAGAGUAGGAUCUCUGAUUCCCAGUUCUUCAAACGUUUUAAUUCUUCGAGUUUUCUUCAUUCGGGCCUCGUCCCGGAUCACCAGGGAUUCACGAUCAAGGUGGUGGUGUUCUUGUUUGGUUUUCCUAUGUUUGUGAUUCUGAUGGUGGGCUGCUUGGGGUGGAUGUGCAUCCGGCGUCCAGAUUUUCUACCAGCAGUUCUCCGAGGAGGAAAACACAAGUUCACACCAGCAAUGCUGAAGGCAGCAACGAGCGGUUUCUCGAGAAACAAUUUGGUGGGGAAGAGCGAGGGGGUUGACAUUUAUAGAGGAAGUGUGAGAGACAGCAGUCAAGUGAGGAUUGAGAUAUACAGGGACGAGAUCUCAGGUGAAGGCCGCAGGAGGUUUGCAGAAGAGUGUAAGGUUCUGGUUCAGUUAUGCCACAAGAACAUAGUUCAAGUAGUGGGGUGGUGUGACAACAGGAGAUUAAGGGCCAUUGUCACUGAAUGGACCGAGGGAGAGAAUGUUGAAAUAUGGGUAGCAAGGUCAGGCCCACCAUGGAAGCAGAGGCUGAAGAUUUUGAUGGGGGUUUUGGAAGCUAUGCGUUAUCUGCAGGAACAAUGGCCUCAAGUUGGGUAUGAUCUCAGGACAUCUAGCAUAUUGCUGUCGAAGAAUCGACAGCCAUUGAUUUCAAGGUUUAGGAUUGGAGAUCAAAUCAGCAACACAAGAAAGAUUUACAAGUUUGGGACGUUGGUGUUGGAGAUGGUAACAAACAAGAGGCCGCGAGAAGAGUUUGAGCGGGGUGAAGCGGAAUUUAUAGAAUGGAUUAGAAUGCAUCAUCCUGGAAAGGUGCACAAGGUGAUAGAUGAAAGAAUGAAAAAGAUAGGCAAUACAGUUGAUCAGGCUACUCAGGGAAUAGGCAUAGGAUUAAUGUGCGCAGACCUCUCAAGGGGAUGGCACCCAAGCUUCGAUCUGAUCUACAGAAUGAUGAGUAAACUCUCUGAUUCAUAUCAAGUUCCAGCAUCUCCUGACCAUAAGAGAUCUCAUGGAGGCAGAGGUGAAGGACAUAGGCGCAAUCAAUCAAGAUGAACCUGCCAAACAAGCGUUACCCGCAUGAACUUGAGUACAUUUAAAGAUGAGAACAAUUGAGAAAAGCAGUCAUCCUAACGAAGAGAGUGGUAUUCUAGUCCCACACGUUUUAUCAUCCCUGUUUGUGUAGCUGUUUCAGAGCAAACAUUAGAAUUGCCUUUAUCAGACUAAUAUUGAGU